AUUUUAAUUAUUUGACCGAAAUAUCCUAAAUUAAACUGUUGCACCCGUAUUUAAGAAUUUCUUUUGUUUCUAAAUCACAUUUGGUCAACAUGGAGAACAGUUCGCGCACCAGUUAUUACAUCUUCUUGGCAGCACUUUCAGUAAACCUAAUAGCAUUUAGUGCUGGUAGUGCUUAUUCUUGGACGUCUCCAGUUCUUCCAAAACUUAAAAAUCAAACACAAUCACCCCUUCCUUCUCCCUUGACCACAACACAAGAAUCAUGGAUAGCUUCACUGACAAGUCUCGGAGCAGUUUUCGGUCCUAUAUUUUCUGGAAUAAUGGCCGAAAAAAUCGGCAGAAAAAAGACGCUCCUGAUCUUCUCAGUACCAAGUUUAGUUUCACAUUUAAUCGUGGCCUAUGCAACUCGCAUUGAAAUGUUGUUUGUGGCCAGAUUUUUGGUUGGGAUUGGUUGUGGAUGUGUCUAUUCAGUCAUGCCGAAUUUUGUUGGUGAUAUUUCGGAGGAUAGUAACAGAGGUUUGCUAGGAUGUUUCAUGACACUUAUGAUCACUUGUGGUUUGCUGUUCAAUUAUUUAAUUGGACCCUUCGUCAGCAUAAAGAUUUUAAGUUUUGGUAACAUCAUUCCUAUUAUACUUUUCAUGGUGCUCUUCAGUUUGUUGGUGCCGGAAAGUCCAUAUUAUUUUCUAAGCUUAGGCGAUAAACAAGGUGCGGAGGCAUCAUUAAUGAAACUUAGAGGAAAAAGUACCAAAGGAGUGGAAAAAGAACUGUUGAAACUUGUGACUAAUUUAGAGAUAGAAAAGGAGAACAAAGCAAGUAUUAAAGACUUAUUCAAAUCUAGAGCAUGCUUGAGAGCUCUAAUAAUCGUCAACGGGUUAAUGAUAAUACAACAGUUUUCGGGUAUAAACGCGGUUUUGGGUUUCAUGGAAACGAUCUUUUCAGCUACUGGAAGCAGCAUCCCCCCUGAAUAUUCAACCAUUUUCGUAGGCAUCGUACAAAUGUUGACUGUUGUAGUCUCUUCACAAUUAAUAGACAGACUCGGAAGGAAGAUUUUGUUGCUUAUUUCAACGAUUGGCAGUUUUCUGUCUCUAGUAUCCAUGGGACUGUAUUUUUAUUUAAAAAAUAACAACUAUCGAGUUGAUUCGAUAUUUUGGCUACCACUCAUGAGUUUAGUAGUUUACAUAGUAGUUUUCAACUUGGGUUUAAGUUGCGUACCUUGGGCAAUGAUGGGGGAACUAUUUCCUUCGAAUCUCAAGUCAGCAGCUUCGACAAUUUCCACAACGUUUUGUUUAGCUUUGGCGUUUAUCAUCACGAUGUUUUUCCCUCAAGUUUCCUUGACUCUGGGAAUGGCCGGCUCGUUUUGGGGCUUUGGACUGUUUUGUCUUGCUGGAGCUGGAUUUGUUUAUAUUUUGGUGCCUGAAACUAAGGGGAAGAGUUUCCAAGAAAUCCAGGAAAUGUUAGGAGAAAAAAAAUAAUAUUUUUAACAUUUGUUUUAUUGGUUUAGUUUUAUAAACUAUGCAAAUUAAUGAUGUAAUUACUAGGUUCGAAUUGUAUUUUGAACAAUAAAUUGACAAUAAAAAUUUAGGUUUUUUCAAAUGUUAAAAUUGUCAUUCGUAACUCAAAUAAAAAAUG